AUUACGUUUGGCUAGCGGCCUAGGCUAUACUCUCCUCGCAAAGCUUAGAUUAGUUAGAAAUAGAAAAUGGCGUUGCUUUCACUUUUGCUUCCCAUAUUUUUGUUCUUGUAGAGUUCGAGGAAAAAUGCUUAGCUGGACGACUCAUGCAACUCCAGGCACAACAACCUAACAUUUCUGCCCCAAUUUCAAAGUGGAACCCCAGUCUGUUAUUAUGGUCGUUCUUUACGUACGGCAAGUGGCAUCUAGGCUAUAAACAUCUGGCCUCCAAAUACUUCUUGUGUACCAUAUGACCUACAAUUUCCGAAACCACCCAUGUUACAACUCUCCAUACACAGCUGACCAAAGUCUAAGCAUGGUCUUCGCGUUACCAACUAUUUAUUUUUAAAAGAAGUGGUUCUGGUAAUGUUUGCACGUAGUUGAACAAGUUGAUGUAAGGGUUGUUAUUGUUAACAAUGUCAGCAAUAAAGGGAACCAAUCACAAGAAGGAAAAAUACCUUCAAGAGAUCAAUCAAGAGAUUCAGGCAGCAUAUGAAUUUUGUCUCAAAAGCGGAUAUUCAAAUGAAGAAAUCCGAAAAGCUGCAAAGCCCAUUUUGGAACCACUUCGUAGAGAAAAGUUUAAGAAACGCAUUGUUUCCCUUAUUAAAAUUGCCUUUGUUUUAACUGUCAUUUAUACCUUGCUUUCUGUUGACCCAGUUUAUCGAAGACUCUGCAUGUAUGGUCGAUUGUUUUUGUUUCAGCUUCUUCCAUUUUGGGACUGGACAAAAAUUUAUUAUUCAUCUUGCCUUGUUGAUAAUCCUUUAUUUUCAAUAAAUAGGAUUACAGAGAGUGACUGUCAGGUAUGUAAAGAUGUACUAGAAAUCAAGAGAUUUAAUCAAACAUCACAGGAUGAAAUGACUGAGCAUUUUUUGAAAAAUAAUAUACCAUUAAUUGUAAUGGAAGCAACCAAUAACUGGCCAAUCAUGGAGGAAUCAUUUAGCAUUGCUAACUUAAGUGAGGGUUACCUGGAUGAUUCUCGACUGAAUAGUUUGGGUGGCUGUGUGUUUGAAACAAAUUUGAGGUUUCGUGCACCACAAACAUUUUUACACAAUUUAAAGACAUACCCUGAGAUGGAUCAGUGGUAUGUUCACUGUUCUCACCCAUCCUGAAAAACCACAUAUGUACCUAUCUAACAGCUGCUGAAAACGAUGCAUGAAACAGCUAGGAAUAAUAUACUUAUACUAUAUAAGAUACUUCCCAUAAUACACCAAUGAACAGUACUUUUCUCAGCCACGUACUUGUGUUACUUUGUCUUAACCCUCUCACUACAGGUAGAUGUGGCUGGAAGCACUUCUGUAAUGUGGUUAGCUCAGGUCCAUGGAUAUAAUCACAUUAGACUAAGGCCCAGAAAGCCAUGUAACAACCUUUGUGGAAAUCUAGAACAUGUUCUUGAAGAAGGAGAUAUUUGUAAUUAUUCCACUGGUGGAAAGCAGAUGUCGAAUGUUUACAUGAACGUAAACUUAGUGGCAGUGUGACAAAGAGCUUCAGUAACAAAGAUAUUUGGUACACUGAAGCAUGCUUUGACAAAAAAAAGAGACAAUU